GUAACAUGAAGAAAAAGAACCAACAGCAGCACGGAACAUAAAACUUCUAGCUCGGUUUUCCGAACGGACUAUUUACAAAGUUACAAUAUAGGAAGUUUGCUUUAUAAGUCCGUAAAUUGAGGAUCCACAAGCACAAUGUUUGCGGGUUUGCCUGAGCUCGGCAUUUCCAACGGGGAAGACCUUAAGGAAACUCUCACCAACUGUACAGAGCCUCUAAAAGCCAUUGACCAGUUUCAGAUGGAGAAUGGCAUCCUGCUGCCAACUCUCCAGUCAGCUCUUCCUUUCCUUGACCUUCAUGGAACACCUCGUCUGGACUUCCACCAGUCUGUUUUUGAUGAGCUUCGAGAAAAGCUGAUGGAGCGUGUUGCAACCAUUGCAGAGGGCAAGGAUGAGGAAAGAUACAAAAAGCUUGAGGAGCUGCUUGAGAAGAGUUUUCCACUUGUCAAAAUGCCAUCCAUUCAGCCAGUGGUGAUGCAGGUGCUGAAACAUUUACCAAAGGUGCCAGAGAAGAAACUGAAAAUGGUAAUGGCCGACAAAGACCUCUAUAAGGUGUGUGCUGUGGAGGUGAAAAGACAGAUCUGGCAGGACAACCAGGCUCUGUUUGGAGAUGAAGUCUCACCGCUGCUGAAACAGUACAUUGUGGAAAAGGAAGCUGGUCUGUUCAGCAGUGACCUCUCCAUUCUGCACAAUUUCUUCAGCCUUUCUCCCAAAACGCGACGCCAAGGAGAGGUUGUCCUGAAGCUGACCCAGAUGAUUGGGAAGAAUGUGAAGUUGUAUGACAUGGUGCUGCAGUUCUUAAGAACGCUGUUUCUGCGAACACGGAAUGUCCACUACUGCACACUUAGAGCAGAGCUGCUGAUGUCGCUUCACGACUUGGACAUCAGCGAGAUUUGCUCUGUUGAUCCGUGUCAUAAGUUUACAUGGUGUUUAGAUGCUUGCAUUCGAGAAAAGUUUGUGGAUGGCAAGCGAGCCAGAGAGCUGCAAGGUUUCCUGGAUGGAGUGAAGAAAGGACAAGAACAAGUCCUUGGGGACUUGUCCAUGAUUCUGUGUGACCCGUUUGCCUGUAACACCAUAGUGCUGAGUACCAUAAGGAACCUGCAGGAGCUGCUAAGUCAAGAUGCUUUACCUCGGGACAGUCCAGACCUGAUGCUGCUGCUUCGAAUGCUGUCACUUGGUCAAGGAGCUUGGGACAUGAUUGACAGCCAGGUUUUUAAAGAGCCUCGACUGGAUUUGGAGUUAGUAACUCGCUUCCUGCCUGCUAUGAUGUCAGUGGUUGUCGAUGAUCACACCUUUACUGUAGAGCAGAAGCUCCCAAGUGAGGAAAAGAGCUCACUGUCGUACCCCAGUGCUCUGCCAGACGCCUUCAACAGAUACAUGCAGGAGAACAGAGUGGCCUGUGAAAUGGGUUUGUACUAUGUGCUCCACAUCGCAAAGCUGAGAAACAAGAAUGCAUUGCAGAGGUUACUGCCUGCUCUUGUGGAGACCUACAAUGACAUGGCCUUUAGCGACAUUUUUCUGCACCUGCUGACUGGACACCUCACCCUGCUCUCUGAUGAGUUUGGUGCAGAAGACUUCUGCUCUGUUGUCUUUGAUGACUUCCUUCUGACAUCUUUGUCCAGCAAAGAGAAUGUCCACAGACACACGCUUCGCAUGCUGCUGCAUCUACACAACAAAGUGUUGCCAUCAUUCAUGGAGAUUUUGACAAAAACCCUUGAACCUCCAAAACAGUGCAGUGAGCCGGUUCGGGAGCUCUACACCCAAUUAAUGGAAAAACUGGAUGCACAGAAGAAGAGCCCUCCACCACCUGAUGAGACUUCAUCCAUGGACCUAGGACUGCACCCGGUGACCGGCCCCAACACGGCCUCCGCACCAGCCACCCCUCACUGAGAGAUGACCUACAUGGGAAUUAGAAGAGAAGUUGUAGUUAGUUGCUAAAUAUAUUUUACAGUUGUUUUUUAUGUUAUUACUUUGUUUUUGAGAUGUUUGUAGAGUGUCUUCAACUUUUUGCCGGUGAGAUCCAGUGGCCAUCUAUUUUUCUUUAAGGGUAAUAAUUAGAAUUUCUAAACUCUUUUUAUAUUCAUAUUUCAUGAUUGGGUUUACCAGUGUGUUACGUUUCAUUGUAUCAGUAGUGAAAACUGUAAAUAAAGGUCACAAAUUCCAUGUGGUACUGUGUUCCAGGCAUAGUUACAAGAAGUGAUGCCACAUUUUAUGCAUCCGUGCAUCUCUGUACACAUUCAGGCAUUAGAUCAGAAGUACUGAGAUAAUGCAAGAUCAUGUGUUCUGGAGCCUAUCCUAACCUAUCCUGUCAUUUGGUUGAAAUAUGAUUAAAAAAAAAACCUGGACAGGUUACCAAAGCAUCAUUACAGGGCCAAACAUUUUUAAGUGAACCACACAUUUAACUAAAGUUAAUGCUAUUUAAAGGCUGAGUGAGGACAAGGUUCACAUUCACAUGCAGUUGAAGGUGACAUGUAAGUGGACAGAAGGAGCAAAGCCUUCUCAUGGGCAUAGGUCACUAAGAUGCAAGCUUCAUCAUUAGGUGCUUUUGUAAGAAGAAGGAUUUUACAUUUGAUUCUAGAUUUUACCUGGAGCCACGAAGAAGAAAGCUUUUAACUAUUGAGUUUUGGAAUUUAGUGUUCAGUGUUUUUCAAUUGAAACACAAAAAUCUGGCAGAAUUUGUUUUAACACACUGUACUACAUCCAUCACCUCCUCCUCCCUGUCCAAUAUCAGCCACCAGUUUACAUGCACGGAUCAGCACUGCUGCUCGUGUAAUCCGUGGUGUGACACUGUCUCUAAUGUACCACUAGGGGGAGCGCCACACCAGAUGCUCAGACCUUUAGGAAGGAAAGAAAGAAUUUGUACAGAUUGUAGUGACCAGUUGGCAAAAACCUUGCUCCUACUGUGGUAAAUUGCACUGUUUAAAACCAUUUGAAACAGUUUAUUUUCUCUUAGGUUGUGUUUUUUGUGAAAUAUACGUCGUACGUCAUUAGCUGCAUAAUGCUUUCCUAUGUUCAUCCACUGUGUAACCUCACGUAAAACAAAAACAUUACAUAUUUGAUUUGAUUGAUUUGAUUAAAAUAGAACCAAACAAACAA